AUGAUUAUGAAAAACAACCCAGCCCCUGUGAUGCAGGACCCCUCUCAAGAAAUAACGUUGUCUACCAAUACAAAUGCCCUGUCCGGGAAUGCCCCGGCGCCUACAUUGGGAGGACCCGCCCUUGAGGACAGGCAGGGCUUCGCCACCGUAAGGAAGAAGAAGAAGAAGAAACAGAAGAAGAUUGAACCUCCAGCAACCAGGUUCGAUCCAAUAGAACGAACCUACCUCCUGUACCACAAACCACCCAACCUUCCUCCCAACCUCCUCGAUCCCGGCACUACAUCCCCACCCCCUCAUCCUCUCCGUAUCGCCCAAACUCCCGCCCCUCUACCAUCCUCCCCCCAUACUCCCCCAACCCCUCAGGUUACCCCCCUAACCCCUGCAUCGCCGAAGACGUCGAUUCCUGCUCGUGCCGAAGCAGCACCGGACCCGACAGAAGACGCAGUUGAAGAAGAAAUGCAGACCGAGACACCGACAGUAGCUCCUGUUUGUUUAAAGAAGCAGGAACACAAACAGAGGAGUUUAUAG